AUGGUAUUCACCGACCUCAGACCAGAGGAGAAAGAGGCAUUCUUCUCAGUACUAGACGAAUACUUCCUCCAACGUCCACAUCUCCUCCCUUCCCCAUCUCCAUCCUCAGACCAACCAGCCGCGGCAGGACGCAAAGCAGCAUCCUUCGUCGGCCGUACACUCGCCUCCAAUCCGCAAGCGACAGCCGCACUCGUAAGUAGCGCACUCCGUCAAGGACCAAAGACCGGUGCAACCACAACCGCAAACGCAGGCAUAGACUCCGCCGCAGUCCAACUCGCCUCCAACCCCCGGUUCACCUCCGCCCUCACCUCCGCCCUUACCUCCCCCACCCCCACCUCCCCACCGCCGCCCGCUCCCAACCCUCCCUCUCACGCACCCACCCCCUCCGGUCUCCAGACACACAAAUCCCUCGGUUCCCUCUCCACCGAUUCCACUUCUUCCUUUCUCACCAGCACAGCCCAAGGAGUAUGGAACUACAAGAAACCUAAGCCUGCUCCUCCGCCUGCGGCGAAGCCUGCGAGUGUCCCGGGAGAGAGAGCAGAACAUGCCCUGGCGGCGAAGUAUGGUCCUCCGCCGAAGAGGACUGUCCCCCACCAGGCCGAGGCGCCGCCGCCGCAGGAGGAGGCCGAACACCCCCCACCCCCACCCGUACCAGUACCCGCAGCAGGAGAACAAGAAUUCGUCGAAGCGCUCUACGCCUACCAAGGAGACCCAGCUACUGACCUCUCCCUGCUCGCGGGUGAGCGACUGGUCCUCCUAGAACGGACGAGCACGGAUUGGUGGACUGGGGAGAAGGAGGGCCGGAGAGGUCUGUUUCCGGCUUCGUAUGUCAAGGUAUUGUGA